AUGGCCGGGGCGGCCGAACCGCUGCUGGACGAGAACCCCGACCGAUUCUGCAUGUUGCCCAUCCGCUACCAGGAGGUGUGGGAGAUGUACAAGAAGGCGGAGGCCAGCUUCUGGACGGCCGAGGAGGUGGACCUGAGCCACGACAAGACCCACUGGGAAUCCCUGAGAGAGAAUGAGAAGCAUUUCAUAAAGCACGUGCUUGCGUUUUUCGCGGCAUCGGACGGCAUCGUGCUGGAGAAUCUUGCCAUGAGGUUCCUGGGAGAAGUUCAAAUUCCAGAGGCCCGUGCAUUCUAUGGCUUUCAAAUAGCCAUCGAGAACAUUCACUCUGAGAUGUACUCCUUGCUGCUGGACCAAUACAUUCGGGACCCAAGUGAGAAAGCCCAACUCUUCGAUGCAAUAAACACCAUACCCUGCAUUAAAAAGAAGGCGGAUUGGGCCCUCAAAUGGAUAGGAAGCUCCAAGAGCUUUGCUGAGAGGGUAGUGGCGUUUGCUGCAGUGGAAGGGAUAUUCUUUUCUGGCAGCUUCUGUGCGAUCUUCUGGUUGAAGAAGCGGGGACUGAUGCCUGGUUUGACAUUUUCAAAUGAGCUCAUCUCCAGAGACGAGGGCCUCCACUGCGACUUCGCCUGCUUGAUGUACAGCCUGCUGAAGAACAAGCUGCCCCAGGCACGGAUCCAAGAGAUCCUUUGCGAUGCGGUCGAGCUGGAGAAAGAGUUCAUAUGCGACUCUUUGCCGGUGGAUUUGAUAGGCAUGAAUGCCUCCCUCAUGAGCCAGUACCUGGAGUUUGUCGCCGACAGGCUAUUCGUUGCCCUGGGAUGCAGCAAGUGGUACAACGCCUCCAAUCCGUUCGACUGGAUGGAAAUCAUCUCCCUCCAGGGCAAGACAAACUUCUUUGAAAAGCGGGUGGGCGAGUACCAGAAAUCUGGCGUGAUGGCUGGUCUCACUGGCCACGUGAAGAACCUGGUUUUUGACGACUUGGACUUUUGA